AUGGAUUCUCCCGUUAAUCUUUUUAAUUUUUUCUUUAUAUUUGGAAUACGAUUUCCGGAAUCUAUAUUUCUCUAUUUUAUUUCACAUCUCUCUCAUAAUGUACACAAAAUAAAAUAUGACAAUAACAAGAGCUUUUAUAACGAUGUUGCGAACAAGGUUGCCUUCAUCGCUGCAAGAGCGUCGCAACCAGUUAGCACACCACCAACACUAAGCCAAAGAUUUCUAUCAACCUUCAUAAAAGCUGCGGAAGAAACGCUAUCAUCAAAAGGGCUUACAAAUUUAUACAAGUUUGGAGGAUGGAUCGAUGAAAUAUCGCAUGGAUUGAAAUAUACCGAUAAAUGGUGUGUAAAGCUCGACAAUAAUUCCUCCGGUUGUGAAGCGUAUUUGAUCGCCGAAGAUGCCGCAAACGCGAGACUUGGUGAAGAUAUUGAUUUGUUGAUUUUGUACACACAUGGGGGCGGAUUUAUUACUGGUCAUGCGUUAAUCCCGAUUGGUGCUUUUGUGUAUUGGUUAAAUACCUGGAAAGCUAAUCAUAAUGCUAAAGUUCAAAUCUUAUCUUUGGAGUAUCCACUUUCUCCAGAACAUCCAUUUCCAGCCGCAAGAGAUUACCUAUUAAAAUGCUAUCGUUGGCUAAUAUACGAACAAGGUCUUAACCCCCAAAAAAUAGUAUUUGGCGGUGACAGUGCCGGCGCGAAUCUUUCAACUGUGGCAUCACUCCAAAUCGUCAAUUACCAACAGGGCGUUCAUCAACUACCGCCCCCAGCAUCUUUAUUGCUAAUCUCACCACUUGUUAACACGGACACUGGCGCAGAAUCUUUCAACACCAACAAAGAACUCGACAUUAUCAGUCUUGAAUGGAUGGAUAAAUGUGCGCAUGCGUACGCGCGGGGCACUACGAUGCGACACGAGUCGCCGGAAAUUUCGCCUUUAUUCGAGAAAGAUAUUAGUAAGAUGCCGAGAUUCUGGGCAAGCGUUGGUGAAUAUGAAGUGUUUCGUGAUGAUAUUAAGGCAUUUGCGAAGAAAGCUAAAGACCAAGGUGUUGAAGUUGAGUUGAUGUAUGAGCCAGCUAAUUAUCAUAAUUUUGGAGUGUCUUAUUGGUUGUCGAACAAUGGUGCUUAUCACAGGGCGGCGAAAAAGAUGGGCGCAUUUUUAUAUACGUUAGCUGUUGUAUUAUCUUUGAGUUUUGUAAAAGAAGUAAUGACAAUUAAAACAUCAAAACAAAUACCAGAUUUCCCCAUUCACGGUUUACUUCCAAAAGAGGAAACAGAGGCGGCUGCCUUUAUAAAAAAGUACCCAGAGUAUGAUGGACGCGGUACAAUAAUUGCUAUACUUGAUAGCGGUGUCGAUCCCGGGGCUGUCGGUUUACAGGUCACUACAGAAGGAAAGCCAAAAAUCGUCGACAUGGUCGAUUGUACAGGCGCUGGCGAUGUCAUUACCAAAACUCUUGUGAAACCAACCGUCAAAGAAAGUGGAUUAGAAACGUUACAUGUGAUUCAAGGUUUAUCUGGGCGCACGUUAAUUAUCAAUCCUAAAUGGAGUAAUCCAUCGGGCGAAUUUCGAAUUGGGAUUAAAAGAGCUUUUGAACUGUAUCCAACGCCAUUGGUGUCUAGACUUCAGCAGGAAAAACGUCAAAGCAUCACCAUUGAUCAUCACAAACUUCAAGUCGAAGUACAGAAGCAAAUUGCUGACUGGGAAGAAGCCCAUCCGCCAAAUUCUUCGCCUUCAGAAUCAGACGUUCAAUUCAAGACAGAUUUGGAAGCACGUGCAGAAAUACUCAAGGAUCUAAUAAAGAAUUAUGAUACACCUGGUCCGAUCUUUGAUGUUGUGACUUUCUUUGAUGGUAGUGAUUGGCGAGUUGUUGUGGACGUUAAAGAAAAUGAACCUCUGUUAACUGAUUUCCGUAAAGAACAUAAAUUUCAUACAUUCAGUCAAGAAGAUUUACUUAAUUUCUGUCUAACAUAUUGUUAUUUUAGUAUUGUCACUACUGCUAUCAACCACGGAACUCAUGUCGCUGCUAUUGCUGCUGCUUAUCAUCCUGACGAACCGGCGUUAAAUGGGGUAGCCCCAGGUGCACAGAUAAUUUCUCUCAAAAUCGGCGACACUCGUCUAACUAGCAUGGAAACAGGUGCUGGUCUUGCUCGUGCAGGCAUUGCACUUGUGAAUACACGAGCCGACCUUGCAAAUAUGAGUUAUGGUGAAGCGUCUGCAACACCUAACGCGGGUCCAUUCAUCGAACUGAUUCGUGACGAGGUUAUCAAUAAGUAUGGGUGCAUAUUUUUGAGUAGUGCAGGAAAUAAUGGGCCUGCUUUAUCGACAACGGGGUCUCCUGGUGGUACUUCGAAUGGAAUUAUUGGUGUUGGAGCAUAUGUUAGCCACGCAAUGGUACAGGCUGAAUAUGCACUUCUUGAAUCUGUACCUGAACGUUCUUAUACUUGGAGCUCUCUUGGUCCGACUACCGACGGAGAUACUGGCGUCGCACCAAUCGUUGGCCUUUAUUGCCUUCCUACGUCUUCCCCAAAUGCAUGCGGAUGUGUCGCUCUUUUACUUUCAGGACUAAAGGCCGAAAAUAAAGAAUACACUCCUUAUCGUAUAAAAAACGCGAUAAUUAAUACAGAAAAAUCGAUUAAUGACCCGUUUGGAGUGGGAUUGAUUCAAGUGGAGAAAGCUUGGAAUUUUCUACAGAAUUUCUAUGAUCGCACUGAACAAGACUUAUCUUUCGAGGUUAGUAUUUAUGGAUCUCCACGCGAAAAACGUGGUAUUUAUUUACGCGGGGAACAAGAGACUUCUACAGUUCAGAUACGCAAUGUGGACAUCAAUCCAAAGUUUAUGUCUGCGAUUGAUCCGACAUCUGGGGAAAACAAUACCAGAAAAUUUGAGUUUGAGAGUCGUAUUGCGUUGAUUAGCACUGAGAGCUGGGUUCGAGCUCCUGACUUUUUGUUAUUUGGAAGUCAAGGUCGAGGUUUCCAAAUAAAAGUUGACCCCACGCAAUUAGCUCGGGGAAAAUUUUAUUACGCCGAAGUUCAGGGAUAUGAUACGAGUUCGCCGUUCCCAGCCCCAAUAUUCAAAGUUCCCAUUACAAUUACCAAACCAUUGAUUCUGAACGGGACAAAAUAUUCGCUUGAUUCCUUAUCCUUUGGACCGGGACACAUUGAGCGAAACUUUGUGAAAGUUCCAGAUGGUGCUACUUUCGCAGACGUGGUGCUUCGUUUUUCAGCCACGCAAAAUACCGAUCCGGCUCAUUUCUUGCUUCACAUGAUCCAACUAUUGCCACAGUCACGGUAUACGAAACAAGAACGCGAGUACCAUUUCAUGCUAGGCAAGGGCAGUUAUGGUGAUUCGAAUGGUGAUGAGCAAAUUGAAAAGAAACGGUUUGCUGUGGUUGGUGGGGUGACACUUGAAGUUUGCCUGGCACAAUUUUGGUCAAGCCUGGGAAAUCAUACAAUUUCAUUAGAAAUUGCAUUUCACGGUAUUCAACUGACAAAUAACACUGGCAAUGGAGGAGAAAAUAUAGUGUAUAUUAACGGCGGAGAUGCAUUUACUCGUUUGGAUAUAAUUGCCCCGCCUCUCCGUCCGACUGAAUAUUCUCUGCGUCCGCUGAGCCCACAACGAGACGUGCUUCCCAAUUCGCGACAAAUAUACGGACUUCAACUCACAUACACCUUCAAAACUACCGAAAACAAUUUGACUGUUACACCAAGAUUUACUGCGUUUUUCGACUAUCUAUAUGAUUCUUAUUUUCAAGAUUUCUUUGCCAUUGUUUACGAUGCGAAUAAAAAAGUGCUUGGCUACAUUGAUAUUUACCCGAAAAAUUUUAAACUGGAUGUAAAAGGAGAUUACACAAUCCGUGCACAAAUACGCAAUGAUUCUCAGGAUCUUUUGGAGAAACUAACAAACACCGUCUGUCAACUCGACAUCACACUAUCCAAAAAAGUCAACUUAGAAAUUCACUCGCAAGUUUUUGACGUUUUCGCCUCCAAAAGGGCAUCUGGGAGAGGUGCCCUCGAGAAAGGGGAACGCAAAGCUUUAUUUGUUGCGUCACCACAUGAGCACAACGUUUUUCCGAAAGACGCAAAAUAUGGCGACUUGUUGAUCGGUAACCUGAAUUUUGUUAAUUCUGUAAGAGUCGACGGUGGUCAAUACAAAGUGAUGUUUAUUGUUCCGCCGGCACCGGUCAAAACGAAGGAACCGACACCAUCUGGCGAGAAUGGUAGCAAUAAAGGCAAAGAUGGUGAAAAGGAAAAAAGCAAGGAGGAGACAGUGUCGACGCAGUUAACAGAGUCGAUUCGGGACACGCAAAUUGCCCAUAUACGAAAAUUCCCAGCAGAUUCGACGUCCCGCAAGGAAUUAAUAGCUGAACUAGAGGAUAAGUAUCCGACGCAUUUACCGUUAUAUCAGACGAAAUUAGAACUAUUACUUGAAGGAGUAAAUGGAACUAUGAAAUCUGAAACGGCGAAAGCCGUUAUUGAGGUCGCAGACCAAAUUCUUGCAAAUAUCGAUUUCACUGAAUUAUCAUCAUACUACGGUGUCAAGCAAGAACUUAACAAUGAAGCCGCCAAAAAGAAAAAGAAAGAAUUCGACGAUAAGAAAAAAAUAGCAAUAUUAGCGUUGCGCUCUAAAGCACAAGGAUUAGCUAUCCUUAUUGAUAAAUCAAAAUCAUCUUUUGAUUCAUCAUCAAGCGGGGUUAAUGCCGAAGAAUUGACAGCGCAAUUUGAAAAAACCUAUCAGACUGCCGCGCAAUGGCUUGAUACCACUAGUGACCUAAAGAACUUACUAUUGUACGUGAUGCAUGAACGUCGUGCUGGUCGAUACGGAAACGCCAUAAAGGCCAUCAACAAAUAUGUGUCGGAGCAAGGGCUCACCAAAGAAAAUGCUAAAGAAAUUGACAAAGCAAUCGGUGUACGACUGGAAUUGUUACGUGAAUUAAAUUGGGAUAUUUGGUCAGCAUAUGAAGAGAAAUGGAAGCUUAUUCGUGUGCCACCUGGUGGAUAUGCACCUUUCUGA